AUGGCUUUCAAAUUGUUUGUCUUAACGUUGUGUUUAACAGCACUGAUUAGUUAUGCUUAUCAAGACUUCAAAUCAUCUGAACUUAAAUUUUUGAACCAAAUAAACGACAUGCCAAGCUUUUUAGAGACAGAAGGAGAUAAAAAAACUCUCCCAGGGCAUACUCAUGAAAAUGCAAUUAAUUAUUUUAGGGAACAAAUUGAAGUUGCUAAAAGAGAUGGAACAGCUGAGUUAGAUGAUGGAAUGAUGUAUACAGUCGAAGAACUUGAAGCAAAAAUAAAACAUAUUGAAGAUGCUGUAGCAAAUGGAGAAGAGCUUGACUGGUAA